CUCUCAGGAGGAGGCAUGGAUGGACUGCCCCUACUUACCUUAUCCCCAAUUUUGCUUUAUUCAGUGGAACAGACCGUGCUGACAGAAUCAGGGGGAGGCCCCCAAGAAGCUGGAAAGACCCUGAAUCUCAAAUGCCAAACCUCUGGUUUCCAGUUCAAGACAAGCAAACUUGGCUGGUACCUUUGGGCCCCUGGCCAUUCCCCACUGUGGUUGGCCAGUCUCGAUAGUAGUUCUACAGAUGCCACUGAAGACCGAAUCACCGCCUCCAGGCAGGAAACUGGCAGUCAGAUUUUCCUAAAGAUUGAGGGCCUGGGCCUCAGAGAUUCUGGCCAAUACCACUGUGCAAGGAGGGUGGGCAAUGGAGAUGACACAGACAAGCUGGUCUUUGGUCAUGGUACAGAUGUGACUGUGGAGCCUGGACCUCGAGCUCCCCUGUCACCCAGUGUAUUCUUGGUGAAAGGUCAGAAUGCUGUGGCCUGCCUGAUCAGGAACUUCUACCCCAAGGAACUCCAUGUGUCCCUGGACUCCCCUGCACCUUUGAUCUCAGCCCAGGCUCUUACUCUGGUUCCCAUGGCCAAUGGCACCUACAGUGCUGUCCAGAUUGGCAGGGUUGGUGAGAAUGAUACAGUAACCUGCUCAGUGAAGCACCUUGGGAAAGAGAUACGUGUAUCCCACGAGCCAGAUCAUACUGGACCAGAUCCUGGGAUUGCCUCUGAGAAGAAACUGUCUUGCCCUGAGCAGAAUCUCAUGGAAGGACCUGAGCAGGGUAACAAGCUACUCCUCAAUGUGAUGGGCCUGAGACUGCUAUUAAUGAAGACUGUGGCCAUCAAUGUCCUCUUCACCACCAUGGCCUUGAUCUUCUGAGGAAGAACCUGAGGAAGAAUGUACAAGAAGUUGCCACUUGAUUCUCAAUCUUUCUAGGGACCCCAGAAUUACCUCUGGAUAACCUCAAGACAGCUCCAGAAUGACCUCUUGAUAAUCUUAAGAUAACUGCAGAAUGACCCCAAGGACCCAUAAUUAUCCUAGUUACAUUCAAUUGCCUUUGAACUGCACACUCUUCAUUCUUGGGUCUAUAUUCCUCAUGAUAAACUAUUCCUCACUCCUUUAGUCCUACAAUAAAGACAAGAAAGCCUUGCUGUG